AUGGAGCCUGUGACCGAGCGUGGCAGCGACUGGUCAGAUGACGAUUGCCCUGAUCGAGACGCGUGCAGCCGUGAAAUACAGAAUGACCGCCACGAUCGUGUCAAGUUCCAAGGAGAGCCUUCAGCUUGUCGUGCAUCAGUGCGCAACGGCCAUGCCAGGCGCAUUCGACGUCUGCCUUUCCGAAAUGCAAAGCCGGUCAAAGCAAAAUCGGCUCAGAGGUGUGGAGAAGUGGUCUAA